UGAAGACAAAGGCGUCCCACUUAGUGUCUCAGUCUGAUUGGUCAUUGUUUUGGUUUGGGUCUACGGGGAUUAGUCACUUUAAUAUUUGCAAGCGUAAUACAUUCGCGAGACGCGAUAAAUAAAUUAAUAAAAGCGAAAGCUCGAUAUUACACAGCUGGUAACCCACCCAUUUACUCUUUUGCUCCCAUUCGCAAUGCAUGCUGUGAUGGCAAAACGUCUACUGCCCCACGAUCCAUCGACGGAUGGUCCGGAUCCAGACGAUGACCCUGAGAGUCCUGCCAUUGAGGCGGCCGCAUUGGCUAUACCAGAUCAGACUGCAGACCAGGCGCUCCAGAAAGCUUUCUGGGAGAGUUUUAAUCCAGCUAAAAGAUUUCGACCUACUGCCGAUGGUAGCACAGAGUUGCGCUUUGAGAUUCUGCGGGCACACAUAAUGCCACGUGAGAUUGAGGAUGCUAAAAUCAAACGCUUUAUUGCUUACGAGCUAACUGUGCGCCAGGACUCCAGCAUAAUGGACGAACAGCCUGCCAAGAUUGAACGCCGCUACACAGACUUUCGAGAGCUUUAUCAGUGCCUGAAGCGCCAGCAUCCCAACGAACUGAGCAAUAUCAACUUUCCCAGCAAAGUGCUUGUGGGCAACUUCUCGGCCGAGCUGAUCGCCGAGCGUAGCGCCGCUUUCUCAACGUUCCUCACGCACGUUGCUAGCCAGCCCAAGCUGCGAGAUUUGGAUGCAUUUCUGCACUUUCUACAGCACGAGGAGCUGACCAAGGCGUGCCAGUAUUUGGACGAGCGCCGCAACGAGAUGGCCAUUCCCAUACUCGAAAACUGUUUUCGUCUGCUGAACAAAAUCUACAUGAAUCGCUCCCGACCCGUCCUGUUAAUACUCUGCCGUCUGGUGGCUGCCUGCACCGCUUCGCCGGUGCCCCAUCACUCAGCGGAGCAUUGGGCUCUCUUGGCGCUCAGUCGCUUCGAUACGCUUUGUGAUAUUGAUCUGUUGCCGCUUUAUAUACCGCUGUUGCACGCCUGUGCGCAUUUGUGGUGGCAGCGCGGGCAGGAUCAAAAGCCCAUUACGGAUCGCUUAACGGAAAUGUCCAGGCAGGGCAUUAACACAGCCAAUAUCACCAGCCUUAUGCAGGCCAUUCACAAGCUCGAUCCACGUACUGAAACCAUAUGAAUCACAGUCCGUAUGCAUCUCAUACAUAUAUAUAAACACAUACUCACACUCAUAGAGCCGUAGUGCUAAGCAAAAAGUGCAAUUAGUAAAUUUAUCGUGCAAUUAGUAUUAAUGUAUGUCAUAUUUAUGUAACAUGUACUUCGUCACGAGUUUUGUAGCGUCCCUUUAUAUGUUGAUUUUCAUAGAAAUUUCGUAAGUUGUGUUGCUUAUUUAUAUACCCUUACCGUGAUUGUAACUAUAUCGAAAGCCUAUUGAUCGCAAAUUAAAUUAUUCAAAUCAAUCA